CACUACAGCACUCAUACUAAUAGAAAAAAAGCCCUAAUUUUCAAAAUUCCCAAAUUUUCCUCUCCGAAUUUACUCGUUUUAUUAACCAGUCCACAUUAAUUCAGUAAUUUUCUAUCGCCAAUAAUGAGAGGAACGAAACGUUUCGCCGCCUCCGACUUGAAUCCAUUACCCAAUGAUUCAAUUCUGAGUAAAAGAAUACUGGCUGGGUCAUCCCUUGAUACUCAAAGGGCUGAGCCAUCUCAACGGCAAAUAAUGACAGCUAGUCCACCAUUGGAUAUGCAGAGAGCAGAAUCAUCUAGACAGCAUGUGAGAGCACUCAACAAGCAAUUCGCGAGUUGGAUCCAGACACAAUUAGAGAAGCACCCAGAUGAACUUUGGGAAGAUGGAGUUCAGGACUAUCUGAAUCAUUCUAAAACCAUUAUGGAGAAAUUCGAUGAUGUUGUCAGCUGGCUGAAAGCGAAUGCUGCAAAAGCUGAAAACAACUCUAUCACUGGUUUGGAUACCAUUCAGAAAAAACCUGUAUCUGAAAGCAAAGAACAAGCCAAUAACUUUUUAUUUGGAAAACCUGGGAUCCCUCCAGCUAGUACAACUGCAAGCUUUGGAACAUCUUGGGGUUCUGGACCAGUCUUUAACAAUAGCAGUCCUUUUUCUUUUGGAAUUCAAGGUUCUGUUGGAAACAAAUAUUCAGUUUCCAUGAACAACGAUGCUUCAAAUGACACAGUUGAGGAAGAGGAUGUGGAGCAGCCUAGCAGUCCAUCUGUGAAGAAGACUGAAGAGGAAGGAAUCAUUGUGGUUCAUGAAGUUAAUUGUAAAGUAUAUGUCAAGUCCAGUGACCCAACUGACAAAGAUGCAUGGAAGGAUAAGGGCUCGGGGCAACUUUCUAUCAAAUGUAAAGAGGGUGUUGAUAAGGGUACCAGAGAAUCCAAGCCAAUUAUUGUUGUACGAAAUGAAGUUGGGAAGGUGUUGCUCAAUGCAUCAUUAUAUACUGGCAUCAAGACCAAUUUGCAGAGGCGCUCUAUUAUUGCUAUAUUUCAUACUUUGGCUGAUGGUGACAACAAAGAGACCGUUGUUGCACAGACAUUCUUGAUAAGAACUAAGACUGACGAGGAACGCGAUCAAUUGGCUGAGGUUAUUAAAGAAUAUGCUCCUGCAGCAUGAAGGUUGAGUUGGAAACUGCAUAGAUGGAUCAUCUUGUUGUACAAACUAUCUGAGCGUUUACGAGUCGUGCUUGGAUAUUCUUUCUCUAUUUAUUUGUUUUCCAAGAUUUGUGGUCGGGGAAUGGCAUCAAAAUUUAGCCGAUCGCUUUUAUCGGAAAUUUAGGUACAGAAAGCUUUAUCUGUAAUUUGAGGAAAAUUCCAAUGUAUAACAGUAGUGUUAUAUAGAGGAGAAACAAUACAUGCCCCGUUUAACAAUAA